AUAAAGAAGUAAAUAUUUGAAAGAAAUUAUAAAAAAAAAAAAUUAAAGGUAUGAUGUUGUAGAUCCUACAUUGACAUUUGGGGUAGCUCAUCUUGGGCAAAGCAAGCUUUAAAUUAACAAUAUCCCAAUCCCCCAACACCACCUCCACCAUAUGCAUGAUGCCCUGUGCUCACUCCUCUUCCUUCUCCUCCUCCUCCUCUUUCCCAAACCUCUCCUCAUACUCUCUCCAAUAUCCAAUAAACCCAUUCCUCUCUACAGCCAUCUCCAUUUCAUAAUCUAUCCAAUUACAAGCCCCAUAAGAAUUCCAUAUCAUCUAUAGCCAUCAAAUUUGAGAGCCAAAAUGCCCAACCCAACAACCCCUAAUGGUCACAGCCUCAAUCAUCCCUCUAGGAAUUCCCUCCAGCUGAUGAUCAACCAAGAAGAUGAUGACAACAAGUUCGUCUCCAAACUCCUCUCAAAGGAGAGCUCCGUUGCCAACCCUUCCUUUAGGGUUUACUAUGGAGGUGUUGUUGGAUCUGUGCCCUUCAUUUGGGAGUCUGAGCCUGGCACACCCAAGCACACAUUGUUCACGACUCGUCAUGACAACUUGUCUCUCCCUCCCCUCACCCCUCCUCCCUCUUCCUUCCGGAGCACCACCGGGACUAACUCCGAUAAACGGCUCCCCAAGAAGGCCGUCAGGAGAUCCGGCUUCCUCCACCGGGUUCUGUGGAAGAUGGGGAUCGUGAAGAGAUCGUCCCUGAUAGUUCGCUCAUCUUCUUCGAGCUCAUUGGGUUUCGUGUCCAUCAAGCCGCUGGAUUACCACCAUGGGAGGAGGCGUUUCGCGAGCCAGGGGUCAUUCGACUCGAUCACCCCGUUCGAUGAUUAUGAUGAUGAGGACAAGCACGCCAGAUCAGUACCCCAGGCAGCUUCAUGCUUCGGGAUCGGCAGGAGGAACGGGACAGGCCCUCGUGGAUGCUAUGGGUGGUGACAUUGCGCAUAUAGGCGGAUCUAAUGUAUAUCAGGUCAUAAUUUCAUUAGAACGUGAUCAGUCGAUGAGUUUUUUCAGCAUGAACAUUGGCGUCGAUCGUCUCAAAUGGGCCGGAGUCUGAGAGCGCAUGCGUGGUCAUGAAUUAGUUCCGGUUGUAAAUUUAGGCGUCGGUGAACCCACCAUUUUUCUUGGAUAAUAUAUAAGCAUGCGGUGGCAAAGGUGCACUUCACAUGCCUAAUAAAUUAUACCACAUAUAUGUCCUCUGUGUGUGUGUAUAUAUAUAUAUGGUUUUUUAUUUAAAGUUCAUCGCGAACAGAAAAACGUGGGGGGUUGCUUCUCGUUUAAUUAUAGUAAACAAAAUUUCGUUUGUCACUUUUAUGUUUAUACGGACUUGUUUUAUUUGCAUA